AUGUCUCACGUUUUCAAUUAUGACAAUGAAUCCUCCGGAUCUUUGUUAAUAUUUGGGAAAAAAUGGUUCUUCGUGUUCUGCUCAGUAUUUCUCCUCGCGAUUAUCUGGAUUGUCACGUUCUCGAGACAAUUACACUCAACGCCGGACUUAUCCAGUAUUACAACGUCAUCUAGCAGCCUUGAAGAAUCGACCGCGCCGGAAACAUUACCUACUUCCAUCCUCCAACCUUCUGCUACCCCAACGUCGUCUUCCGCGGUCGCCGUCUUAACACCCGCAAAAAAUGUCGCUGCAAUCGUCGAAACACGACCUCUAGAUACUCUAGUCCCACUCUUCCUCCACUUCUCAACUGUCCUCGGCCCAGAAUGGCCAAUUCAUAUUUUCACGACCCAAACCACCAUUCCCGCUUCCAUUCCUCUCAAACGCGCGAUAGCGUCAAAACAUAUUAUAUUCCGAUAUUUACCGCCAAACACACAAUUCAAAGACCACAAAGAUGUCUCACUGUUUCUUACAGAACCGUGGCUCUGGGAAGCUCUAGCACCUGCUGAACGUAUCCUCUUUUUCCAGGCCGAUUCUAUCCUCUGUGCAAACGCACCCAUGCGAGUGGACGACUUCCUGGAGUAUGAUUUUGUGGGGGCGCCUAUCGAUCCGAAUUUACCAGCAGGUGACGAGGGCAUGAAUGGAGGGUUAUCACUGCGCAACCGGCAGAUGACGCUCGACAUUAUUGACUCCUCUUCGUGGAUCGACGAGUUGACCAACGCGACAGUUUAUGAUCCCAAGCUGGCAUAUGAGGAUCAGUGGUUUUACCACAAGAUGAAGGCUAUAGGUGCCAAGCUGCCGGAUGUAGAGACUGCGAAUAAGUUUUCUGUCGAGACGAUGUGGUAUGAUACUCCUGUUGGGUUUCAUAAGAUCGCGGGGUGGAAUAUGGACCGUGUCAAAGAGAUUGAUCAGUACUGCCCAGAACACAGACUAGCUACUAAUUUACCGAUUCCUGAGAUCGUGAAUUGA